AUGGCUGUUAUUGAUGAUGGAUGUCACCAAGUCAUGGAAUGGGGCAAGCAUAUCUAUCUAUCUAUCUAUCUAUCUAUCUAUCUAUCUAUCUAUCUAUCUAAGUCUGUUAAUAUCUAUCUAUCUAUCUAUCUAUCUAUCUAUCUAUCUAUCUAUCUAUCUGUUUGUCUUUGUCUAUUUAUAUGUAUCUUUAUUUGUCUUUUUCUAUCUAUCUAUCUAUCUAUCUAUCUAUCUAUCUAUCUAUCCGCAAAUUUCUAUCGCGCCUUACGGGCGUCCGGCGACAGCAAACGAAGGCCUUCGACGGACUUACGCACUUACCUCGUAAGGCGCAUUACGGGCGUCCGGCGACAGCAAACGAAGGCCUUCGACGGACUUACGCACUUACCUCGUAAGGCGCAUUACGGGCGUCCGGCGACGGCAAACGAAGGCCUUCGACGGACUUGUGGACGGACUUACCUCGUAAGGCGCAUUACGGGCGUCCGGCGACAGCAAACGAAGGCCUUCGACGUUUCAGAUGAAUUACGCACUUACCUCGUAAGGCGUAUUACGGGCGCCCGGCGACGGCAAACGAAGGUCUUCGAAAUUCGGCACUACUUAGAUAUACCGGUCCCACGACCACUGCCGAAGCGCAUUACGGGAGUCCGGCGACGGCAAACGAAGGCCUUCGACGGACUUACGCACUUACCUCAUUCUUCUAUAUCUAUCUAUCUAUCUAUCUAUCUAUCUAUCGCAGUCUAUUCAUAUCUAUCUAUCUAUCUAUCCCCUUCUGUUCCUAUCUCUUCAUAUCUCAGAUAUUCCUAUCUCAGCUUACCUCAGUCUCUUCAUAUCGAGGGUUGUUCAUCUAUCUAUCUAUCUAUCUAUCUAUCUAUCUAUCUAUCUAUCUAUAUCUAUCUAUGUCAGUCUAUUCAUAUCUAUCUAUCUCCAUCUGUUUAUAUCUAUCUAUCUAUCUAUCUGAGCCUGUUCAUAUCUAUCUAUCUAUCUAUCUAUCUAUAUAUCUAG